AUGAUGCAGAGUCCAAGGUCUGUCCUUAAUAUCCCCUCAAUGGCUACCACCAGCAGCGCUAGCGUGAGUUUGAAGCUUCUGAUUGACACAAAAAGCCACAAGUUCUGUUUGCUGAAGCAAGCAAGGAAGUUGUUGAUUUCCUUUUUAAGUUUUCUGUCUUUGCAUGUUGCAACUGUUACUAGGCUCCUCUCAACGGAUGGUAUGGCGGGUUACUUAGGCAACGUUUACCAGAGUGCCGAAAGCCUUAGUGUCAACUCAUACUUGCCACUCAAUCUUAAGGACACCCUGCUCAAACCCAACCCAACAAUUUCUGCGGCCAAUAUCCUUCAAUUGCCAUUGCCGACCAAUAGACUAGAAUCUUUCUAA